AUGGUGAGUUAUGUCCCGUCACACCAGAGAGGCAACCAACAACACACCCAGCCACAAUACCAGCAAGAGCAGUACGGACAGUCCGACUACUCACAGCCCGACCACGCUGGGGGGCCGCCGAAUCAACAUUAUAAUCGGUACCCUAACGACGGACCAAGAGAUAUGAUGGCCCCGCACCAGCCAAAUGAUGCGAUGCGGGAAAUUCAAGAGGCUCAGAAAGAGCAAAGGGCGGCGUUGGAUAUGCUUACAAAGCAACUUUCUCAAGUUGCGAUGUCGCUGGGAGAGCUAAGGGGCAAUGAGGGAAAAAUCCUUGCUACUGUGCAGCCACCUGGUCGUGAAAACAUCAGCAAAGUGUCCCUAAGAUCAGGGAAAGUCUACCAAAGCCCUAGCCCACCUGUGAUGUCUCCAGCAUCAAUGUCUGGACCAAGCCGUGAAGAGGAAGAAGAAUCCAGUGGGGUGAAUCAAGCAAAAGGGACAGACAAAGGCAUAGCGAAAGUGGGAGGUGAAUCCUCAGAAGGAAGUCAGGGAGAAGAAGCAGAGAAAGUAAAGCCAUAUCCGUACCUAGGAAUGGUGACAAGGAAAAGAGACGCCACGAUUGACAUGGCUAAUAUGUUCAAGGAAGUGGAAGUGAAGGUGCCGCUCUUGACGGCCUUAAAGAUGCCCCCGAUUAGUAAAUUCGUCAAGGACUACCUGGCGGGAAAAAUCAACGAAGAAGGGAGACUUAUUACAGAGGAGAACGUCCCUGCCGUGAUCCAGAGAAGCGACCUCCCCUCCAAGAAGACUGAUUCGGGAAUGUUCACGCUCCCAAUUUCGAUUGGGGAAAUUCAAGUGGAGCACACGAUGUGCGACUUGGGGGCGUCUAUCAACGUUCUACCCUACUCCAUCUAUAGGAAGUUGGGAGCGGCCAAGCUCGUCGACACUGACAUUAUGAUCCAAUUGGCCGACAGAUCGUGUAUUCACCCGGAGGGAAUUCUGGAAGACGUGAUUGUGAAGGUGAAUAACUUUCUGUACCCAGCUGAUUUUUUCAUAAUCAAAAUGACGGAGCCAGCAGCAAGGGAAUCGAGUGGAGUCCUACUGGGAAGACCGUUCCUGUCUACGACCAUCACCAUAAUAGACGUCCGUAAUAGGAGGAUCAGCUUGGACUUCAAUGGAGAGCAAUUCACGUUCAAUAUCGAUGAAGCCAUGAAGAGGCCAACCGACAGCGAGAACGUGUACUCGGCAGAUGUGACUGAGCCCUUAGUACAGGAGUACUUGGAGGAAGAGUUCUUGAAGAGGCAGUUCACUGAUUCCGCUGUUGAUGAAGAAAUCGAGAGAGAGGUUGCAGAGUGGUAUGAGUCCAUGAAUGUCGGAGAAAUGGACGACCAAGCCAUCGCGAAGGCGAUGAUGGAUUUCUGUGAGCGCCCACGACCAGCUGGGUCAAGUGGGAAGGCCCAAGUGUCUAGCCUAGAGAAGCGGUUUGAUCAAGGAAAGCUACUGGAGAGAGAAGCGGCAGAAAACCCUCUGCCUACUGAAGAGCCAAAGCCCGCGAAGGAAUUGAAGCCACUUCCAGCACAUCUUAAGUACGCCUACCUGGGAGAGGAAGAAACGAAGCCUGUAAUAAUCAACAGUCAUUUGACCUAG